AUGGGCUGCACUAGAGCCCAGGUGUGCCUUAGCAAGGCCCAUAUGCACCUGGGCUCAGCUCCAAGCCAGGAGCCAUCUGUCAUCUUCCUUUUUCCUCCACUGAUCUGGGCUAAGCUGCCCAAUUAUGAGAACCAAUUGAAUGCCUUGAAAGAGAAGGCAAAGGAGCCCCAAGCACCGGAGCCAGAACCAGAGCCUACUGCUGAAGUUCUUUUCCUUUGCAGUUUUGAUGGGUGUGGAAAGACCUUUAUUGAUGCUGGUGCUUUGAGGAAGCAUUCUCAUAUCCAUGGAGAGAAACAAUUUGUUUGUCCCUAUGAGGGAUGUGGAAAGUGCAUGACUUCUGAGGUCUCAUUAUGUUUUUGGAAUGUCUCCAUGAAGUUAAUUGCUGUUAAGUUGAGAGGGAGAGUUCUUCAUGUUCAUUUGAGAUUGGUCCCAGAGCUAUGUUCUAUGGUUGCUGGUAGAAGUUGGUCAGGGUUGCAAUGGGGGAGCCCUAUUUUCAUUGAGCCUUACGGGACAGGGAGUUUAGAUUUACUGGAGGAGUUAGAGAAGGGUGCUAGAAAUGAAAAUCUGGAGAUGGGGAAAGAGAUUUCGAAGGCUGUGCGGCUGUCAACAUAUAGUAUGCACCAUCAUGCUCUUGAAAAAAUUGAUAACAUUCGCAAUACUUUGCUUAAUUCGACACCAGAAGUGGUGAAAUAUACUACACCUCCAGAGAUGAUACCAAAAAAUCCCAAGCCUCCUUCAGGGGUUUAUGGCUCUGCAUCAUCAGAUCGCCCAUACAUUUGUCCUUAUGAAGGGUGUGAAAAGGACUACAUCCAUGAAUACAAGCUCAAACUCCAUCCGAGAAGAGAGCAUCCUGGCCGCAUGGCAGAUGAGAAUGCAGCUCCUGAUGCUGACAAUGAGUUGGAUGAAGGCAGUGAUCAAGAUGCUUAUGUUGGAAAGCGUGUAAAUGGGAAAAGUCAGAAACAGAGCAGGUCAAAACCCAACUUGAAGAUGCCUCCUGUAAAUAUCAUACAACGUAAAGGUUCAAGUCCAUCACCUUCUACCUUGAAUGUAGUGAAAAAGCCUUGGCCAGUUAAGGAUGAAACUUACGAAGAAGAAGAUAGUGAAGAAACCGAGGAAGAGGAUCGUGACAAUGAAGAGGGUGGAUGGAGAUAUGGAGGAAACAAGGAUGAUGAUGAAGAGACGGAGGACGAAGACUAG